AUGUUUAAGUUAUUAAUCCGGCUCAGUGCGUUGAGCAUUGGGUUGAGUAUUGCAACGUCGACGUGCCAUCAGCUUCAACAAUCUCAGAUGGCAUCGUUACACGAACGGAUGAAUCAAAUGAUCAAUGCAUUAUACUCGUAUUCAUCACCGCUCCUAGCGAAAUCUCAGUCAAGUUCUGAUUCUUCAACAAGAUCUACAUCAGCCGAGGAACCUUCAAGCAACCCUCCAGUUUCUUACGAAAUGACUUACACGUACCCGCCACCUAGUUACUCAACUACGUCGAGUGGUUCACCUCAAGUUGUAUAUGUAUCCUCGGCGCCUCCAUCAUCACCAACUCAAGUGGCUAUAGCACCGCCAUCUACCGGAAACCCUACAAUCACAAUAUCUACAACGACCACACCAACUACAUAUGACGCGUACUACCCACGUUCUUACGAAAAUCCCCCGCCAGAAUACACGCAUUCAAGUACCCCAGUUCCCCCGCCUCAUUCCUGUCCUCAACCCUACAGUUAUGAACAUUACCCCUACCCUCCGCCUUAUUCGCAUUCACCCCCACCUCCUCCGCCAUCUUACCCCAGCACUAGUCACUACCCACAUACCCCAGCACCAGCCGCUCCUCACCAAUAUCCACAAUACUCAUCACCCCCACCGCUGCCACCGCCGUCAAUCCCACCAAGACCUUGCGAAUGUAGUUCUGCUUACUCCUAUCCUGAAUACCCACAUUCCCCAGUCCCACCCUGUCCCCACACACCUCAAUAUCCUCCUCCCCAUGCUGCCCCAUGCCCGACUUCACCUGUGCCAUACACACCCCCUCCUUACACUCCGAAACCUUUACCCGCCUACCCUACACCUAAUACAAUGAUACCGUCAUAUUCACCAGUACCCUACUCGCAUGAUAUAGUUCCACCACCUUAUUAUGCUUAA